GUUUCAUGCGCAUCAUGCGUGGAAACGGAACGCACCCACGGUAGCGUUGAAUAGCGCUAAUAGCGAGCUGCCCGAACGCACCCUUAUUUGACAAUUCCUAACCUUUUUCUAAAGGCGAAAGUAUUAUUUUAAAAAUAUGGCAAGAUAUUCCAGUGAAUCGGAUUCAGACUACAGUAGUAGAUACCGAAGAAGACGAAAUCGGAGAUCAAGAUCUAGUGGCUCGAAUUCUAGUGAUUCCUCACCUCAUCGAAGGAGAUUGUCGAAACACUCAAAAACAAAGCGUAGACACCGUUCAAAUUCAAGAAGCAGAGGAAGAGAUCGCAAUUCAAAAAACUAUAGAGGAUCCGGAAGUAGUCACUCGAGAGACCGAGAUAAAAGACAUUACCGUAGUAGCACGGGCAGGUCUCACUCUUCAGAUCGUUCCAAGAGAAAAGCUAGAUCUACUUCAAGAGAAAAGUCACAAAGUCCUUCAAGUAGUUCACAAUCAAAUCAAGCAAAAAUUAAUAUUGAAAAAAGCCAAGUUAUAGUAGGAAAAGAUGAUUUUUCUAUUGAGCCACGUUUUAAGGAAAGUAUACUUGAUGAAAUUAAUGCAGAAGGUUUUACUCCUAAACAGUUUACCUCUUCUACCAAGGAAAGCAAAUUUAAAAAUAUUGUUAUAGAUAUCAGUACAGAUACUAUACAGAUUCCACCAGCACCUAGUGUCUCUAGUGGAUCAGAAAGCAUAUUUCACACAUCUAUCAUGAUAGAUCAAGAAGCAAGAUUUGAGAAGUGGGUAAAAAAGCUCUAUACUCUUAGGCAGAAAGCUAUAGCUGAUUUAGUUCAUACAAAUGUUAUUUAAUCAAUACACGAUAUAUGAAUAUAUAUAAUAUUUAUAUACAGGGUGUCACACUCUCCUCCAGGCAUUUUGUGGGGAUGUAGAAUGGGUUGAUGUGAACAUAAAAGUCCUAUACUGUUUUGCGAUAUUCGCAAUAAUUAUCGAG